AUGGCGAGGGAGUACAGCAUAGGCUUUGCCCCUUCGUGGGUUGCGUCUCUUAGGCCCUCUGAACCACAGGGCUCUGACCUAUUGAUUGCAGAACGGCAGAAAUCACAGAUCGACAUAGACCGUCUGGCAUGUCUGUUGUACACAGAACAAGGAGUCGAAAUGCAACGACGCAUACUCGAUGUGCUUCAACACGAUCCAGUCUUUGACAAAGGCGGAAACUACUUCGAUUCUCGGAUUGAGAGGUUCAAAACGUCAGUCGCCCGAGCCAAGAGACUGCAUCAACUUCACCAGAUGCACAACUGGAGCGAGGACGAGUUGAAAUGGGCUAUCGAAUUGAUCGGCGAGCCAACAGCAUUUUCGUUACAUUGGAAAGGAUUCCUGCCGACUCUGCGGGAGCAGGGAACCCCAGAACAACAUGAACUUUUUCUCAGAAAGGCCGAGAGCAUGGAGAUUAUAGGGUGUUAUGCGCAGACUGAAUUAGGCCACGGGUCCAACGCUCGCAAGCUGGAGACAACUGCGACCUGGAAUCCCGAUGACCGCACAUUUACAUUGCAUUCACCGCAUCUCACCGCGGCCAAAUGGUGGGUUGGAACGAUGGGGCUCUGCGCAAAUCAUGCAAUGGUUAUGGCACGAUUGAUACUGAAUGGCGAAGACUACGGGCCGCAUCCAUUUCUCUGCCAGAUUAGGGAUCUUAUCACCCAUACGCCUCUCGAUGGAGUAUAUGUGGGUGAUAUCGGACCGAAGUUGGGCUACAACACCGUUGACAAUGGCUUUCUGUUUCUGAAUCAUGUCAAAAUUCCUCAUAUCAACAUGCUCGCUAAAUUCUCAAGAGUCGAGUACGAAUCAAAUGUCUAUGUUGCGCCCGAAUCGCCCGCGAUGGUUUAUGGUACACUUACGAUGUUGCGUGCGGCACUCGUUUCAGAGUCUGCUCGGAAUCUUGCUCGAGGAACCACGAUUGCCGUCCGUUAUUGCGCUGUCCGGCGUCAAUGUUCUGAUCCGGACUCGGAAGACAAGAAUACUGAGCUUCAAGUCCUCGACUAUUCGAUGGUACAGUUUCGGCUUUUUCCGCUCGUUGCAGAGUCCUUCGCCUUGAACUUCACGGGACAGGCUAUGAUUGAGUUUUACCACAGUGCACGGACAGCGCUUGCAGUCGGACAAUCAAAUAAUGGCUGUGGAUCUAGUGGUCAGCGGGCCAAUGCCCUCUUCUCAGAGCUCCAUGCUACAUCGUGUGGUCUAAAGGCGCUUGCGACGAGCGCUGCAGCCGAGGGGUUGGAAGUAUGUCGACGUGCGUGUGGAGGGCAUGGAUAUUCUAGCUUCGCUGGUAUAGGAGCUGUCUAUAUGGACUACCUGCCUUCACAGACGUAUGAAGGUGACAAUUACGUCUUGACGCAACAGACAGCCAAUUAUCUUCUCAAGAUAGCCCUCUCCAUCCUGAAAGGUGAUGCGCCAUCAAACAUCACGGCAAAGAAUCUCGCAGCCUACACGGAAAAGAAGCACACCCCUGUCCACUUUGAUUUGGAUCGGGACAAAGAUAUUCUUGCCGCGUUCGGCUGGCGCGCAGCAUACCUGACUUUCGACCUCCUCCGGCGCCGUGAUAAUGAUCAAAAACCCAAGAACGAUCUUCUGGUGGACUAUUCGCGGCUCAGCAGUGCCCACUCGCAGUUUCUCGUGCUGACAAGCUUCCACGACAAGUUAAAAGGCCCUGACACGUUGUCCAAGAUCGAUCCAGAAAGCCUCGCGGUCCUCUGGAAACUCUUCCGUCUAUACGCACUGACCAGAGUGAUCUCGGCAUCGCAUGAAUUUUACGUGUCAUCGGCCCUGCAGGUGGCGGAAGUGGUGAGAGCAGAUCAGGAGACGAUGUUGCGGCUUCUGAAAGAAAUCAGGCCUCACGCAGUCCGCCUUGUGGAUGUGUGGAAGUUGCCAGACUGGAUGCUGGACAGCUCUUUGGGCAGAUACGAUGGGAAGGUCUACGAAGAUUUGUUCCACAGGGCCAGUCAAUUGAACCCACUGAACCGGUUUGCAAUGGACCCUCGGCCUGGUGGUGGGGUACUGAUCAGAGGCGGGGGGGCCGACGCUAAGAGCCGUCUGUAG